UGUCACCGUUUCGAGGUAUUUGUCAAGAAAAUCAAUCUGGCACGAUACAUUGGCGUUCUGUAUAAUUCCCUCUUCUCCCCCUCUCUCUUCCUGUUUGUUUUCCGCAGUCCGUAUAGAGGAGGCUAUUCGGUGCGAAAAGUGGAAUACGUUUCUCCUCAAGCUUUCGGACGCAAAGCUGCGAAACUAAUGCUAGCCUCAUGAAACCUUCGGAAUAUCUGGAACCAAUGACUGGCAUUAAUUCAGCUGUUUCAACGUGUUCCCUGAAGUAAUCGUGAAGUAAAUAAAUGUAGUUAAUAAUGAGUUUAGAAAGUUAUUAGGCAAUUUAUCAUGUCUUCUGGCGUGAAUGAAAGAAAAAUGGUAGGCGACCCUAAUCUUUGACUUAGGUGCCUCUUAGUGGCACUCGCAGUUCGGCGCUGGUGCUCUUUAGCUUAACUUUAGGCGAGCGCAACACACGAGCCGAACUCGGAGGCAACUGUUUUCCAUUAAUUAGCCGGUUAAAUAUCACGCCACCUUCUUGUGUGACGUCAUUAAUGACGUCAUUACUUCCGGGUUUCCAGGAAUUUCGCCAAAGUCGUGCUCACAUGGCGGGUCUCUAAAGUCUACGAUUCUGUGCUUUGGUGGGCGGUAACAAGUGAUUUCUAAUUAAUUCUGAUUAUUCCAGAUACUUCAGUAAGUGAACUCGUAACUAAACGUUUGCUCUGAUAUCAUAUCUGUAACGAAACCCAUUAAUUUUGUACUGUACUAUUCUUUUUCCAUUUUUUCCUGAUUUAUUGUGAGUUUCGUUUCCAGUCGUCUCAGUGAUUUUUAAUCAAUUUUAAUUAUUCCAGACACUUCGGUAACUGAACUUGUUACUAAGUUUAUACUCUACUAUUAUAUCUAUAAUGAAACCCAUGGAUUUUGUACUAUACUGUAUUUGUCUCUUUCUUUUUCUGAUUUAUGAUGAAUUUCGUCCCCAGUCGUCUCAGUGAUUUCUAAUUCUAGUUAUUCCAGACACUUAGGUAACUGAACUUGUAACUAAGUUUAUGCUAUGCUAUUAUAUCUAUAAUGAAACCCAUGGAUAUUGUACUGUACUGUAUUUUUCAAAAUUUUUUCUGACUUAUAUUGGAUUUCUUCCCCGGUCGUCUUGGGAGGUGAACCUGAAGUGCUGCGCAAGGAACAAAAGUGUCACUCGAUGCUCGUGCCACAAAAAAAAAAAAAAAAAAAAAAAAAAAAAAAAAAAAAAAAAGCUGCGCACUGUAUCGCAUUGCUGUGGCGGCGGCGGUGCAAAGCACAACCAAAGCGAAAAGACUGACACUAAACUAGCACUCCGAACCGUCUUUGAUAUGACGGUUGCGCAGAAUCUUCGGCCUGAUGGCAUUUGAGCACUGCUCUCACGACCUCAAACCUUUCUUGUUCUAAUGUUUUGUGUAGGAACCGGCCAUUCCUUCACUCCGAGGGACUCGAGACUGUAGACGCGUCUGCUUGCGUAUUUGUGCGAGGAAGGGUUCACUCGACGCGCACACACCAGUGUAAUGGCUAGCUAAGGGGCGGAAAUAUAUAUGCGCACUCACUAUGCGCGGCAGUGUUGACUAUUGCAGCAGGAGAGUUAACGUUUUCAAGGGAUUCAGUCAUUUCAGCUUACCUACAUUUCUGCCGUAUUCGAAUUUGGCGCUGUUUGGACAGCUUCCAGACCCUGCGCUUUCUGCUAUUGAGGCUGGCAACCCGCUACUACAGGCUUCGGUGACGUUUAGUGGCAUUGGUGGCGGUGUUGUUUAGUUGUGGCUUCCCCCGCACGUCUUGGCAAGUAAGCGUGGCUAGCGCUGCUUGCUUUUGGGCACGCCGAGCUGAGGCCUGCGGUGCGGUACGCAUCGGGCACCACGAAGUUUAAUAACCGCGGUGCCUCGGUGACCGCCGGAGACAAUGCCGUUAUCGCAACUGUAACAGCCUCCUCGACGCGCGGUGUUAUCAGGCAUACCCACAAAAUUAAAUUACUUGGGCCAGAGGCUACCCUUCCACCAUGGGUGAAAGAGGAAACGAAUUUCCGCUUCGUCCACUAGAGGAGAAUCAAGUCCUUAUUUUACCUCAGAGCCAGGGACCAGCAGUUCAGCGAGCUUCUCAUACGCACAUAUGUGAAAGGGGUGAGGAGCUCAAUGGGUUACCAGCAGUCAAGACAAGUCCCAAGGACUCCUACAACCUGCUCUACUUGAUCCUGCUUGUGCAUGGCAUAGGCACACUCAUGCCAUGGAACAUGUUCAUCAAUGCCAAGGCUUAUUUUCAGAGUUACAAGUUGGCACCAGGUGUGCUUGCAAAUGACUCGGCUGCUGCGAAUGAGCUCGCACUCUACAGGAAUGACUUCAUGAAUUACAUAACGUUGGCCUCUCAGGUGCCAAAUUUGCUGUGCAAUUUUCUCAACCUUUUUCUUCAAUUUGGAGACCGUAGCCUCACGCCAAGAAUUGUCAUUAGUAUCCUCGUUGAAGCUGCAGUGUUUAUUGCAACUGUUGUGUUGGCCAUGGUGGACUCGUCUGCAUGGCCAAUCACAUUCUUCUACAUAACCAUGGCCCUUGUGAUUGUGCUGAACAUGGCCUGUGGCGUUUACCAGAACAGCAUUUAUGGUGUUGCUGCCCGACUUCCAGGCAAAUACUCGAAUGCUGUUGUCCUUGGUUCGAACAUCAGUGGUACGGCUACUUCUCUACUAAACAUUUUCACCAUAGCAGCAUCACCAAAUGCCCGAACAGCAGCGAUCUAUUACUUCCUGUCUGCUUUGUUGGUGCUGCUCCUGUGCCUUGACUCCUACUUUGCCCUGCCGCUGCUGCGCUGCUACAGGCAUCACCAGCGGCUGGCUGCCAUGGCUUCUGCUCCCAGCAACAGAUCACCUCGCUCUCGCAGGCCUCCCUAUUGGCUUGUAUUUAAACAGGUGUGGCCACAGUGCCUUAAUGUGUUCCUGAUAUUCUUUGUCACACUGGCUGCAUUUCCUGCAGUCUCGUCAGACAUCAAGCGCAUUGAUAAAGAAUUUCCUUUGGAUGACAAGUACUUCACAGCAACAGUCUGUUUUCUCGGCUUCAACCUUUUUGCCAUGCUUGGCAAUAUUCUUCCUAUCUGGGUUCGUUGGCCUGGCCCACGUUUUCUGUGGGUCGCCGUAGUUGCGCGGCUGGUGUUCCUGCCACUGUUCCUGCUCUGCAACUACCUACCUGAGACACGCGUGCUGCCAGUCUGGGUAUCCAGUGAUUGGGGAUUCGUAGCAGCCAUGAUCGUCUUUGCCUGGUCAAGUGGAUACCUGAGCAGCUUGGCCAUGAUGUACGCACCUCGGGCAGUAGCCAGUCCAGAGCAUGCGCCCAUUGCUGGCAUGAUGGCAGCGUUAUUCUUGGUCCUCGGACUUUUUGUGGGAGGAAAUGCGGCAUUUUUGGCACCUCGUAUUGCUAAAGGAACCUGGUUCUAAAAUGCUUCACAUUGUUCUUGAGAGGAACUCAUGCUUUUGAGGCAGUGUGAGCUUACAAACUAAAUUAACAGGUGAAAAAUGAUGGCACGUACAACCUUUAUACGUUAGUGCUCGUGAUUUUCUACAUUUAGACACUGCUUUUGUUAUAAAUUUCUUUGGUCAAGGUCCUUUUGGACAGCUUGACAAGUGCUCAGGUGCUGACAGGUUGAUCUUUACAAUGUUUUUUUUUUUUAAGUAUGGAACUGAAUACCAAGGGCAAAGUUCAUGCUCACUUCUAGGAUACUUGGCCACUGCCCAUGUGUAGUGUUAUGAUAUUGGGACUAGAGAAAUUUCAGCUGCCAUUUUUUAUGGGCACGAUAGUCCUAAAUUUUUUUUUGGAAGAUACUUUUGGCAACCAGCCUACAAGUGUUCAACUGUUAGCAGAUUGGUAAUUAUAGUUGCCGUUGACAACACUGACUAACGAGAAUGCAAUUUAUCAUUGUUACUGUACAAUGUGAGUAAUGUUUGACAUUUCGGUUACCAUGGUUCAUACAGGAGAUUAACUGCAACAUUAGUUGCUGGUGCUCAUGAUCUUGUAGUACAGCUAGCCACAUGCCCAAGGUUUGUCAUAGCUACGGUUUUUUAAUAAAAAAGAAAUGCUUGCAUGCAAUUAUGAUAUAUAUUUGUUGCAGGCAUUAUCACUAAGGCUAGAAGCAGAAACCAUGUGUGAAUCUCGGGAACUUAUUGCAAGUGUGAGCAUAGCCAGAAAAUGGUACUUUUGGUAAUGAGCCACUUAAUUUUUAUAGAUUGUGUGAGUGGGAAAUCUUGCACAGGUUUAUUUCAUAUAAAAGCUAUUUUCAUGGACACGCAUUAAUAAAGUGUAUAGAGCAGUGCAGCAUUGUGUAGCUUGACCUUAUUUUAGUCUUCUGGCUCUUGAUAUAAUUGUUUGCUAGUAUCAGUAUUCACAGUUAACAGUGAAUACACUGUUGCAUUGCCACAGUGCAUUUUGGUAAAUCUUUUAUACACUCCGUGGAAAUUCCACUAGACGGUUUGAGUGCAUUUUCUUUGCAUCAUUGGUGAGAAAACGUAGCUGUCUAAUUGAUUAGAUUUGAUACCUCUCUCAUGGUCUUGCUCCUUGCUCCGAAUUAAACAUCUUAAGUUCGCAUGAAACAUGGAAACCAAAGAAAACAUGCAAUAGCAAAAUAACAUGCAUACCUGAUUUGCUGUUGUCACAGCAGCUGCAUUUUCUCUUGGACUGCUUGCUGAUGGAAGCAUGAAUUUCCUUUAUUCCUGUGCUCAUAAUGAUUGUGCUAUCCACUGAUGGCCUGUGCUAUAUUCAGGUGCAGAAAUAAAAGGAACCGUGACAUAGACUGCAAGUUAGCCUUUUGGUCAGAAACUGCAAUACUUGGCAUCAUAGUGCACGUUAGUGUUGGUAAACAAAACCUGGCACAUUUGGCCUGCACCAAAAGAUGCAUAAAAUAAAGUACAAAGUAGAAGUGCAGGUUUAUGCGAGUUUUGCUUUCAGACAUGUCUUUAGGGUAGGACACUCUGUAUUGCCGUGAAGCCCCACCUGAAAGCUGAAAUUUCCGUAUAAACGUGUAUUGUACUGCCAGGAAACUGGGCACCCCACUUCAGUCUGACGCUGUAAUGAAAGCGGUCAUCAGUGAGCACAGACAGAACAAGAUUAUUUCUGGGGCUCUGCCUCAUGCUGAGAGUGGUUCCGAGUUUGUAAUUAUUAUAUUAUUAUUAUAAUUAUUAUAGCCUGCUAGCUCAGGCCGACCUCUCUGUUUUCCAUGAAAUUCUCUCUCUGAUUAUUAUAGAUAUAUUUGCUUUGUCUUCUAGAGCUUGUGCAGAUUUCCCUAAUCUUCAGAGGUUGUAUUUUGCAGUGCAGGUUAUUCACAGGGAUGAGCUGUAUGAAGGAAAAUGUGGCACUUGCUAACUACUGGAAGUUGCAACAGCACACCGCUCCAGAUUACUUUGUUCACCAGUGGCUGUUCUGAGAGUUCUGUUUUUCAUGAAAUCAUUGCUUAUUAGUAACAUGUUGCAAGGAACCACGGGGGUGCAUUUGCACUUCAGUAUAAGAGCAAUUACCUGCAAUUAGCAUCUAUAUUUUUGGUACUGUCAUUAACUAUAGAUGGCUUUCAUUGACAAAUCUGUUGCAUUGUCUUGUCAGUUGCAUAUUGCUACAGCAAAGCUGAAAGCUGCAUUGACUGAAGCACCAAUGUGCAUACAAUGUGUUUGUCAUGUAUACAUACAGGCAUAAUAUUAGCAGAGCUGCUAUGCAGGAAAACACAUCUUUUUCUGUUUUGUCUUGUAGGAUUGGCAAUUGUAAGUAAUAAUUCUUUUAUGUACAUGGCAGAAACAGAUAUAUAUUCACUUUUUAUAUAUGUAUAUAUAUAUAAUUGCUAGGGCUGUGUUGAUGAAACAUUUGACAAAAGCCAGCCUUGGAUGCGUUUAUGCAUGCUCAGGGUAAAUCCAUUUGCAAAACACAUUUAUCUCAGGAGAACAAGAAAAAACAGAUUGAUGAAACUUCCAUUUGACAACUAUGUUGUAAACUUCACGUUUUUGGUUGUUUUGUUAGGGAAGCUGUUGUGUGGGGGGCCUGUUGACAAAGAGCACGUGGUGUAUGUCAAGUGGGACCGAUUUGGCAUACUUUUAAAGUAGUUUGCAUAGCAGGUUAUUUGGAAGAUUCCAUUAAUUGAUUUUAGCUCAUCAAGGUUGCAGCAUAUUACUCUUUAACUGCUGUACAGACUUUGAAUGUUCUAGCUGAUCAUCCAAAGAAGAGCUCUGCUGGAGCAUUCUGGAGAAGCGCAACUUUUAGUUGACUUACUUCAUUGCUCAUUCAAGUGUACUUGUGGAGGCCUUUCCCCUUUACGACAUGUUGAGAUUCCUGAUGUCUUGAUCUUGUAAAAAAUGAACUUGUAUUCACCUGUGGGCUGUUGGGAAGUUUUUGUAGAUGUUUGAUGUACUCUCAUCUUGUAUGUGCAGUUUGCCCUGUAUGUUUGAUGUCUCCAUCAGUCUAUUUUUUAUCUGAUGCAUUUGGAGACCUGUUAGCAUAUGUUUAUGGUGUCCUUUGUGCAUCUUUUGUGUGCUACUGUCAGCGUCAAAAGGCAUGGGGACGGUCAGAGUAAACAUUUCAGUCACAUAGCUGUGUCAGCUUUUUUUUUUCCUCCCUUUAAAUUCAAGUGAUCUCCUGAAGCUUCAUUGUAUGGGUAUGUGCAAAGCAUAGUGUUCUUUAUAGCUCAAUUUUUUUUCUGUUGGGGGUUUUUUUACUAAUACAGCUGUUGUUUAUUUUUACUGUAAGACACAUUAUUCACUUGUCAUUUUUUUACGUAUGUCACUAUCAAAAAAGGCUUCUGGACUGCUCUCAUAUAGUAGGUCAGGGCUGUAGUGCAGAUCAAAUAAUUUCAAGUCAUGUCUCCCAUGGUCAGAUGUAAACUAAGCAAACUGUCCAUGAAGACUAACCAGUGUGUUCGUAUUUGGUGUUGUGUUCGAAGUAGUUACAGCUGCCUACUUUUCUAUGACCUUCAACAUUAGAGGUAUGCAUUAAUUAGAAACCAUUCGUAAGGCAGUUUGACUAGUCAUCAGGGUCACUACUGCAGUAAUUGCUGACAAUGCUACCUCAUUGAGGCAACUUGACAUUGUACAUUACUCUGCUGUUAUUGGGCUUAGCCCAUUGUGUUGAACAUGUGUAGCUUGAUUUGCUACAUGCACAUGUUUAAAGCCAUACCACUGUGCAGUUCUUCUAGUGAACAACGUUAGAAGAAUGAAUGGUGACAGCAAGCAUUAGGAUAUGGUCCAAAAAAGUAAAUAAAACAGAUAGUUAUUGCAGUGUGCUGCUGUAUUUGAAAGAAGCUAGGAUAGCAACUUCUUCUUUGUUAAUGGUUGGUUUUAUUAUUCCUGGGUAGCAAUGGCAUAUUGCAUAGUUGCACAAGCAGCAGUAAUUCUUUAAGUUUACCCUCGUGUAUUCUUACAACUGCUCUUUUUAAAUGGCUACGUAGACUCAUGUAAUAGCUAAGCUUUCUUUCUCUUUUAUAUCUGUUGAUUUUUUUUGACAAAUUUGCAAAAAUAAGGGGUGUAUACACCCACACAAACAUUACUGUAGCUGGAUAUUUCUUUACAGAAGUUAUGUUCUUCACACAAAGAUGCUACCCACAUAUACAGGAAUAAAUUAUUUGGCUUAUACUUUAUAGACACUGAGAAUGCUGAUGUGCAUAGCACUAGCAAGUACAAACCAUGUCAAUAUAUAGCAAUGGUCCUGCAUUGAAACUUCAAAACGUGGUUAGUUGUUUCCUGUCAUAGGAAGGUGGCAGUUCUCACCUGCUAUGGUUAUUGAAGUGUGGUGUAUAGAUGGGUAGGAUCCUACAAGCAUGGCUAUUACUUGAGCCUUUGUGGUAUCUGCUGCUGGGAAAUGGUGCCUUGUGAUGUUUUGUGACCCGACGAAUAUCUGAUGUUGCUAAAUAUACAAUAAAUGAACCUUUGGGUUCAGAAAACUGAAACUGAAGGAAUAAAUUAAAUAGAAGACUUGUAUUUGCUGGUUUGCGUUUAUGGGGUAGUCAGUUGUCUUACUGUGCGUUGUGAGAACCUUGCUUUAAAGGCAAUCGCUAAUUUAAAUGUCUUUGACGAGCUUUGACCAAUGUGCUUCAGUGAAACCUCCUUUUUAGGUGAGUUCGCUUAAAAUGGCUAUGAAAGGCAUCUAAGCAGGAAAAAAAGAAAACGCACACAAAAGAAGGACAUUGAGGACAAAUGCUCAUUGUAGUCACCUUUUUUUUUUUCUUUUUUUCUUGUGUUUGUUUGACACCCGGAUUCCUUUUUUGAAUGCACAGGCUGCUUUUAUUAGCCUCUAUAGCAGGGUGGGAAAAUCUAAUGUGAUAUGGUUGAAGUUUAAACGACUUAUCAGUGAUUUGAACUAAUGUGAUAUGAUGUGUCACAUAAAAUUCUUAGCUUUGUGUAGCAGAAAGACAACAGUUACAUUACGUACUGCCAGUCAUUUACCUAGGUGUAGUGGCCUUGAAUUCAUAGUUGUUGUGUCUAAGACGCUUUGUACAUGAUCUGUCUGCAGUUCAACAGUGUUGCAAGAAGCUGUAAUUGAAUGUGUGGCUUUGAUGAAGGGAUUCCGGUGAGUAAUGUUUUCUACCGAUUGUUGUCAAGUUCUAGCCAUUGGGGUCAUUUGAGUGCCAGGAUAUUAUUCUUAUAUAUGGUGAAAUUCUAGGAUAGGCAAGGUUUCACGACUGAUGGCAGCAGCCUCCCACUUUUCAGAGUGCACGCACCAACGUUAAGAGGGCCUUCCAAGUGCAUACUCUUAUUUAUUAUGUGUACUGAGAGUACCAAGCUUCAUACGGCCAUGUUGAAGUUUCAUAGUAGCAAUUUCUUUUUUGCAUGUGUUCGGUAUUUGAUACCUGGAUCUAAUGAUUGCGUUUUCUUUUUUUUUUUUGUGCAUUAAAAUCUCUUUAGAUGUGUGUCAGGAAAGACAAGUUCACCACUUGCACUUCAUGGUACUUGUUUGCUUUGUUGUGCCAGUGUUUCUGCGCAGGAUUACGAGCUUCUAAGGUUUAAAAAAAUUAAAAUUUUAAAAAUAAAAAAAAUUGAUAGGUACAUGAAUUAAUUGGUGAAGCAAUGUGUAUAGUGUAGUGCAAACAGAGCAUGCAGGAUGACAAAGGAAAAAAGAUGUGAAGGUACUAAUUACAAACUGUUUCUUAUAUGCUAUCGAUUGUACUUUUAUUUCUUUCUCCUAUGCAGAGUUAUAUAAUCAGCCACAUGCAAUAAACCAUCACUUGCUAGUAGCGCUCUGCUCUCAUUUCUUGUUGCAUGCUCUAUUUUCACUGUACUGUAUAUUUGGAAACAUUAUUCAUGAGGCUUCCCUGAUGCAGGUAGGUAUUACAGGUUAUGCAAAAGCUUUUAACCUGUUAAAAAGUGUUGCAUGAACUAUUUCUUUCUUUGCGUUUUCACAUUGCCGUGACUGUUUGGUAAUGUAAUGUACCUUGUGGUUGGCACUGCCUCUUUUAAACAUGUAAGUUGCAUUUGAAAACUCUUUUGGAAACUCUCAUUUCAUGCACAUGUUUCACAUGGAGAAACAUGAAGAAUGUUUCUAAAAAAGUGUUGCGCAUAUUUUAUAAAUAAAACCCACUUGUGCACUGGGAAA